UCGCAGUCCAAGAAGUACUAACUUUGACCGGAUUAGCAAAACAAAAUACGAUAGAAAACUAUUAUGCACUGCAUCUGUACAACCGCCGUGCCGAGAAACGCCUUACCCCCUUUAUUUAUAAACGUUUGCUAAAGUUGAGAAGCUGAUAAUAAUUAUCUGUGCCUUUCCGACGUCUUCGUACGAUAGAAAGGGACAAACGAUUAUUAUAUGCUUCUCAAGUAUUAAACGUUUAUGAAUAACGGUUUCCCCGAACCUAUCGACGCGGAAUCUACUUUAGCCGACCAUAAAUCGCUCGUCAGUAUGAAGAUGCGUACGUAUGCGUUCAGCGACAACGACACGACAUUGGUCUAAGCGCGUCAGCGGUGAGCGGCAGCCAUAAGUGCGAAUGAAAAGUCCCAUCGCUUUGUCUCGCUCCAAUGUAUGGCCGCUGCUCGCCGCUGUUGCGCUUAGACCAAUGUCAUGGCUGAGGCGUAAGCGUUUUCAUACUAACGAGCUAUUUUCGGUCGACCAGCGUCGAUUCCCCGUCGAUAGGUGUGGGGAAACCCCAAGGAGGCUGGCUGCACUCGCUCGCCGGACUCCUCAAGAGGAGGCUGAGCGGAUACGUCAAGUGGCAUCACGUUGCAGGCAGGCGCGAGCACCCGCACAACAGAUGGGCCCCCGCGGAGAGCUGGAGCGUGCCCGCGUCGCCCCUGCCCCCGCGCGCGCCGCCGCCGCGCCCCGCGGACUAGCCCCGCGACAUGUGGUACGUCGACAAGUGGCUCCAUCGCGUCGCGUACUGCACCCCCUAGGACUCCUAGGUAGAGCCACGUCACUGUUACGCUUCGAGGUAACCUUAACCUUACAUGAGAUUAGGCUGAGGGUAACCGUACACCCGCAUCGCAUUUAACACUUCAAGAACCCGCCUGGUACUCGUGAACGUUGCUCAGAUGUCGGACGACCCGCUGGGCGGGUUGUCGCCAUACAAGCGGGCGGUGGUGCGCCAGUUUUUGUCUGGUAGUGAAUGUGUUAGUAUUAUUUUUAUCAAAGAGGAUCCUAUAUAGAAUGUAGUCAGAGCACAAUGCAACGGAGGCUUUACAAUGAACCUCAGUUUUGAUAAUUUGGCCCAUGUUCUUAACUUGGUAUGUGUUAUCAAAUAUUAAUAUUAGCGCCAUCUAUCCGAGAAUCAA